UGAAAACAAAACGUGCAACCGGCCAAAGAAAUGCCGCCAAAGUCGAGCAGCAAGAAAAACCAGGCCAGUUGGUUCCACUGCGAGUCCUGCGGGGUGCAUAUUCCCUCCAAGGCGAGGGACAAUCACGAAGGCUCCUGUUCCGCCAUUGCCCAGGGUGAUGUGGGUCCCGAAUCUGAAGCGGAGUACGUGCGAAGUGGGGCGAUCUUCACAAGGAGCCUUCAGCAGCGGAACUUCGAGUUGGACUCUCUAAAAGAUCUCCCUGCCAAGUAUGCCAACAUGUUGGUCUUCGUCUCUGAGGGAGCGAUGCAGUUGGCCCAGCUCCACAUUGGACAACAUGUGGUGAUUGAAGCUUCUUCGACGGCGGUCCAGCCGCAGGUGAGGAUUGUGUGGCCCAUUUCGGAGCAAUUCCUGACCGCAGUGUUUGUGAGCGAAGGUGACUUUAAACUUCAUUGCACGCAGCUGCGGGGAAAUCUCUUAAAGAUCUUUGCCUUAGAUCCCAGUUGCCUCACAGCGGCUGCCAGCGUAUCCCUUAAGCAUCUGAACAAUACAGAAACCUUUCUAAAAUCAGGACAACUCGAAGAAGCGAUAGCCCUUCUUAAAAGAGAGAUGGUCAAUAGAAUCUUUUGCAAGGACAGUCAAAUUCACAUGAAUUUCUUUAACAAAUCACUGAUAUUUCGUCUGGUGCGAUGGCAAGGCACCGUGGAAGAGGCUUUAGCUGGUCUCAGUCUCGACUCCAAGCCUAUGCAGUUUGUCCAGGUUACCAAUGUUACCAAAGUCCAACUGAUAUCGGAAAAUUCAAACCAGCAGUCGGUGGAUGAAACUAUAAGUCACCGUAUAACCAAAUCCCAAAUAGGAGGACUGGAUAGGCAACUGCAACUAGUUCAGGAGAGCAUGGAGUACGCAUUGGGCUUCCGGGCAUUGCCUGCAGGCUUACGGGUAUCUCGCGGCAUGCUUCUUUUCGGCGCCACUGGCUGUGGCAAGUCCAUGAUCCUGGAAGCCAUGUGCGCAGUGGCAGAGGACCACAGCCAGGGAAAUGUGCAACUGAUCCGUAUCAACAGUGGCGAAGUGUACAGCAAAUUUCUAGGCGAAACGGAACAGAAACUGGCUGCCAUUUUUGAGCGAGCCUACAAUCACUAUCCGCAUCCAACACUGCUGCUGAUUGAGGAUGUCCACAACUUGUGUCCCAAGCAGGAGAGUAGCGAUCUAGUCAAGCGCGUCUCAUUGGCCUUUCUUUCUUUGCUGGAUCAGCUGAGUACUCCCAGGCAACUUAAGGGGAAAAGGACCUUCCUGCUGGCAACCAGUUCACAGAUUGAGGCUCUGCACCCGAGCAUUCGGAGAGCUGGUCGAUUGGACAGUGAACUAGAGUUGGGUGCCCCAAGUCCGCAGGCAAGAAGGGAUAUUAUUCGUUGCUUAAUCCAGACUUUAGAGCACCAGAUGAGUGAAGACGAAGUCGAUAAUGUAGCAUCUAUUACCCAUGGCUAUGUCGGAGCGGAUCUUGCAAACCUAGUGUAUGCUGCGGUACUACAGGCGCAGCCCAAUCCUUUGCAGCUUCUGCACCUACAGAAUGCUUUGACUCGCAUUAAACCAUCGGCGAUGCGCGAAGUGCUCAUCGAGUGCCCCAACGUACAGUGGUCGGAUAUUGGCGGUCAAUCCGAGCUCCGUUUAGCGAUGCAGCAGGCCAUCGAGUGGCCCUUGCUUCAUGCGGAGAAGUUCCAACGCCUGGGCAUAAAUCCACCAAGGGGAAUUCUCAUGUUCGGACCGCCGGGCUGCUCAAAAACAAUGAUUGCCAAGGCCCUGGCCACUGAAAGCAAACUAAACUUCCUGUCUAUCAAGGGACCAGAGCUGUUCUCCAUGUGGGUGGGCGAAUCGGAACGCGCAGUGCGUGAGGUAUUCCGAAAGGCUCGCCAGGUAGCACCCGCCAUAGUCUUCUUUGAUGAAAUUGACGCCAUCGGCGGGGAGCGAGGGGAGGGCGAGGGUUCCAGUUCAGGUUCCUCCGUCAAGGAACGCGUUCUCACCCAACUGCUCACCGAACUGGAUGGCGUAGAGGCCCUGCAAAAUGUCACCAUUGUAGCUGCCACCAAUCGCCCGGAUAUGAUUGAUAAGGCGUUACUCCGUCCAGGAAGAAUUGAUCGCAUUCUCUAUGUGGGAUUACCUCAGAAUGAAGCACGUCGGGAAAUUCUGAAGAUCAAACUGCGCCCGAUGCCGGUUUCGAAGGAAGUGGAUAUGGAGCGGUUGGUGCACCUGACAGAGGGGUAUUCUGGAGCAGAAAUCCAAGCCGUUUGCCAUGAGGCUGCCCUGCGGGCCCUAGAGCAAAGCUUUGAAGCGGAGGAGGUCAAGUGGGUGGACUUCGAGCACGCCUUGCAGGCCGUACCACCACGGACAAGUCCGGAACUCCUUAACCUCUAUGAAGAUUAUCUCAAACGGAAGUAAUAAAUAAAAGAGAAAUUCUUGAUUUUGUUUCGGAGAAACCAGGUCUUAAAAAUCAUCAUUAUCACCAUUUUGGCAAGCUUAAAUUGUAUAUAUACCGUAAAAUUGUAUAAAAAAAAUGUAUAACGGAUGUCAAGACCUAAUGGCUAUUAUGACAUUUAAUCUAUUUCAAUUAUAUUGGUAUAAACAUCUUCAUAGUUGUAUUAAAGUAAAAUACCUUGAGUAC